AGACAAUCCAAUGGGCGCGCAUGGUUCUGUUGAUAAUCCUCCUCUUCGUCGUCUUCAUCUCUUCACCUGCUCACCUACCUGUUCGUCAGGGUGAUUUUUCAAUUUCUGCGCAAAAAUCGGCAGCUAAAAUGAAGUCCUUCGUUUCCUACUCUUCCGAUUGCGAAUUCCCCAUCGAGAAUUUGCCUUACGGAGUUUUCUCCACCGCUGACAACUCCACUCCACGAAUCGGUGUUGCCAUCGGCGACCAAGUUUUGGACCUGAGUGUCGUGAAACACUUUUUUGACGGGCCCCACCUCCGAGACAAUCAGACUGUUUUUCAACAGUCCACCCUGAAUUCAUUUAUGGGUCUCGGACACAGUGCCUGGGCAGAGGCAAGACAAGUUCUCCAGCGGCUCCUUUCUGUGGAGGACCAACGUCUCCAGAGUGAUGCAAAUCUUCGGUCCAAGGCGUUUGUUCCUUUGGCUUCGGUGACGAUGCACCUUCCAGCCAACAUUGGUGAUUACACCGACUUUUAUUCCUCGAUCCACCACGCGACCAACGUUGGCAUCAUGUUCAGAGGCAAGGAGAACGCCUUGAUGCCAAACUGGAAACACCUCCCCGUUGGCUAUCACGGUCGCGCCUCCUCCAUCGUGAUUUCUGGCACUCCGGUUCGACGUCCGCUGGGCCAAACUGUGCCUGUGGAGGGAGAGCCUCCUGUUUUUGGCCCCUGUCGCCUGCUGGACUUUGAACUAGAAAUGGGUUUCUUUGUCGGACCGGGAAACAAUCUCGGAGAACCAAUUCCGGUGGAAAAAGCCCACGAGCAUAUUUUCGGAUUUGUUCUUGUUAACGACUGGAGUGCCCGUGACAUUCAAAAGUGGGAGUAUGUGCCUCUUGGUCCGUUCCUGGCUAAAAAUUUUGCAACCACAAUUUCUCCCUGGGUCAUCACCACCCUGGCUUUGUCGCAGUUCACCGUGCCCAACUUCCCGCAAGACCCUGAACCCCUCAGUUACCUGAAACACAGCGACCCUUUCAACUUUGACAUCAGUUUGGAAGUUGACAUAAAACCUGCCGAUGCUGCAAUUCCGAGCACUGUCGUCCGCUCCAAUUACCGCCACCUUUAUUGGACUGCAAAGCAGCAACUGGCCCACCACUCUGUUACUGGAUGCAAUUUACGGCCUGGAGAUUUGCUGGCUUCUGGAACCAUCAGUGGCGAAGAACCGGAUUCCUUUGGAUCUAUGCUUGAAUUGAGCUGGAAGGGUACAAAGCAGGUGCAGCUCAUCGGAGGAAGCACCAGAAAAUUCAUUCAGGACGGAGAUGAAGUUAUUAUGAGAGGAUUUUGCCAAGGAGAAGGAUUCAGAGUCGGGUUUGGAUCUUGUGCUGGAAAAGUCCUUCCAGCUUGUCCUGGUGUCUAGACAAAGUCUCGAAACAAUCCAUUCCAAUAUAUGGAUUGAUAGCUGAAUCACGGUUAAAGGUUGGUGCUUUUGCUUGAAAACAAAUCAAACAUGUCUAGAUCUGAUAUAAUACUGAAAUCAAAUUAUUUUUGAGAAACAUUUUAAUAAAAUAAAAUCUAAGAAUUUUUUUACUUUAAAAGAUUAAAAUUUUUUAAAUAUCUGUUAAUUUUGUUCCAUCUUUUGAAUUGACUCUUUUUUUCUUUAAAAUUUUCAAAUGGAUAUUGAGAUGGAGUAAAACAAGGGAUUUUGGAUUUUGGUUGUAUUUAUUCACGCCAGCAGCAAUAUAGAUUACUCAUUUUGUCAGACUUUCUAACAAGUGGUACAGCAGUUAUUUUGCUCUACACCAUUAGGUGGGCUUGGGACUUUACAAUAUAGUGCGUUUUACCUACACCAGAAUGUAGAAAUCGUUAUUUCGUUUUACCAACACUUUUGCUGUUGCUAAUUUCAAGGAAACCAAAACCAAGAAUACAGUGGUACAGGUUAAGUGCCAUUUGUGCAGUUGUGUGCAAAAUUUAAUAUUGGUGCGUUUGGUGUGCGAAAAGUGUGCAACAUUCAUGGGUCAGUACAGGUUACAUAUAGUACAGUGCAUUAUAAUGGUUGUGAGUGUGCAUAAUUUAACAAUAAAGGUGCAAGUGUGGUGCAUGGGGAAGACAUUUAGUGCUCAAGUGCAUUGUAAAACUUCAAAUAAUUAAUUUAUAGAGUGCAUUAAAAGAAAAUGAUUAGCAAUUUGUGCUUUAAACAAAAAAAUUGUAAUGUGCAUUCAUAUAAUAUUUAAUUUUUGUGCUGAAAAAAGAGGAAAAAUGAGUUAAGUGUGCAUUUAAAAUUCAGGGUAGGAAGUGAGAAAAGUGCAUUAUAAGUGUGUGCAUAAAUUAUAUGAAAAUAAUAUCUUUUAUUUAAAUAUAGUGCGACGUGCAUGAGAAAUUGGUGCAGAAGUUAUUGAGUGCGUUAAGUGAGUAAUGUGCAUAAUAAAAUUUGUGCAGAAAUGAGAAUUUUUCAGUUAAAAUUUUUACAAAUUAAAAAAGGAUAUUUUCAAUUUUUGUAGAAAAAAAUCAAACUUUGUGUUCAAUUUUUUUGCACAAAUUAAGAAGAGCUGAAAGGAGAAUGGAAAUUUGUUGAGCUAUCAAGAAGUAAGAAUUUUUGAUGUAUUGCCAAUUUUCGUCAUUCCACUCAAACAGAUAACGAUGAGCAAACCUUCAGUGUUCUCUGCUUAAAAUUUUAAUAAAACAUUUCUGAUCAAUAGAGCGACGCGUCAAGUUAUAGUUUUGCUGUAUUUUUCGAUCAUGAUAAAAACUAAGAAUAAUUUGUCACGUCAAUAAUUUGUGAUGAGUAUGCUUCAAACUAACACUCCAAGGUUUUUGCAACGUUGUUUGUCUCUUCAACUUUUGCCCGCUUUUUACAAAGUCUUAUUUUACACAUUUUUCCUCAACCACGAUUUUGUUUGUGCUAAAAUCUACAGCCAUUUUUUUUGUGUGAUAAUUUUACACCAACAUUUUUUUAACACUCAAAUAUCAACUACACAUGUUUCGUCAACAAGAUGUAAUGCACAACUAUAUUAACAUCUUUUGGCCCCCGAGGUCGGCAAAAUUUCGUUCUCAAAGCCAACCUCGGAUGUUUUGUGAUUUUUUUUUGUUUUCAUGCAUAGCACUAACACAGAACCGUUACAUAUAUUAAGUAUUUACAACAGCAAUUUUCACAUUUGAUGGUAAUUCCGCGUCUACACUUUUCAGCCCGCGCCUCGUAAAAGCGCGAGUUGUCAAGACGCGGCCACUCCUUUUCUUAAUUGAGUUUUUUGGAAGACAUUUGUGAUUUGUUGUUUUUAAAUUGCUUGCGAGAUCUCGACAAUUCAGUUCGUUUAAAUCACAUAAGCGUUGAACAAAAUGAUUGCACUAUAGAAAAAAUGGGAACAAAAAAAAUCUCGACUCGGCAAUAAAUUAUCCGAGCUCACGAGAAAUUUGUUUCUAUUAUAUCUCGACUAGGAUUUAAUUUUUAUUAUAACUACUGGGUUUGAAAUCGAUGAGUUCAGCACUGGGGCCAGCAUCUCAAAGUUCCACGCCGAGGUGAGUCGCACCAAGGCUGCGUUUUAGAUCACUAUCGUGUCAUUUUGAGUAGCGCCGACCGGCGCUACCGUAAAAUACUCGGAAACAAGGAUAUAGUUUUCAGAUACAAUCAAUAAAGAUGUGGAUAUGCUGGUAUUUCAAUUGAAUUUUGGCCGAUUUCUCUUAUUUUUUUCUUCGCUAGAAAAUAAUUUCUCGUCUCUUGCGUUAUCACAGCAAAUACAUUUAUGUUAAUUUAUAACCGUCUAGAGGCAGUGUUUAAUUAUUUACUUUACUCUUACCGGCGACACUUAUCAUUUAAAUAUUGCAUUUACACGCGCAUUCGCUUUGGCCACGGUAUCUGGGACGUAUUUUUUUUUGAAAAUUUAAUCGCCAAUUUUUGUUUUAACCCAAUUUACCUUGGCUGUCCGCGAAUUUUGCAAUUUAAUUUGGCACAUUCAUUCACCUCGCAUUAAAACAACGAAAAACAAGCCGUGGUAUGAGAGAGCAAUCAAAGUAAACACUUACUUAAUUACGCGCCCUAACACUGAUUUCGAUGGCACUACCAAGAGUUUGUUGUAAACUGAACGACCUGUGAUAGUGGUUUUCCAUUUUUAUAUUUUCAAUCAGUCCCUCUAAGAGCAUACUGUGUUUGUCAUUUUUGCCUUUCUCAUAAUACAGCUUGGCUUUUCCUAAGUAGAUUUUACAUAUCCAAGAUAUUGUCAGUACAGCAGUGUGGGUGUUUUUGACUUUGUUGGUCAAAAAUUACAAAUAUUUUCAAUAAUAAUACACGAUAAACCCAAAAAUAAGGAGUUUUUCCGCGAAAAAUAUUUCCAUCGUAGAUAAAGAUUUUAAUCUCAAAGGUGUCUAUUUUUUUCGUGGAUCUUUGGCUUUCAGCUUCUUAUUUAAAAUUCGUUCCAACUCCCAAAAUCGCCUGGACAUGGGAUAACAAUGAAUAAAAUAAUUAAAUAUAGUUUGCUCGAAGUGCUUGUUAUAUGUACACACGUCGGACGCAGGCAGUAAGGAGAUCAAAGUCAUCGAUCAAAAGAUUCUCGCGUUUAGAAAGAAAGCUACCUCAUACCUCACUUGGGGUUCUCCUAAUCGCAAGGCAUCUGUCUCGCAACUUUUAAUGCAAUCAAAUUAUUUUCAAAGAUUCCGAAAGAUUCCA